AUGAUGCCUACUAUCAAUUUUCAAGGAAGAAUUCGACUUGGCUUGGGAGACUUCAUUUUCUACUCCAUGCUAGUCGGAACCGCUUCAGCUACCGGUGACUGGGCGACGACCUUAGCCUGCUAUGUGUCAAUUUUGACAGGACUUGGAUUCACUUUGGUCCUCCUAGUGAUCUUGCAACGAGCCCUGCCAGCCCUGCCAAUUUCGAUAGUUUUUGGACUGAUUGCGUUUUUCGGCUCAAGAUUGGCUAUGGCAAGAUUGGUUCUGGAAUUCAAUAGGAAAAUGAUCCUCGUCUAG